AUGCCGAAGUCCAAGGACAAGAAACCGAACUACAUCAAGUGGUCCACCGAAGACCUCAUCACUGCCAUCAAGAAUCGCACUCUUCAAGAUGUGCCGAUGCAGCAAAAGAAGAGCGUCUACAUCGAGCGUCUGAAGGAGAUCGAUCGCAACCCGCCAGGGGUGUUUCGCUUCAUGGAUCUGCCAGCGGAAAUGAGGAACAACGUCUAUGAGGAGCUUCUUCCAGACGAUGUCGGUUCCAGUCGCCGGGUCGUCCACCACCCCAUCCUCAGAACCUGCAAGGCCAUCUACAAGGAGGCAGCGUCGAUGUUCUACCUAGACAGCCACGUUCGCAUCUCCAUCAAAAAGGGCAUGGUGAGCUUCCCCCACCGCAAGAACAAACAUGCCGCCGCUCUCCGCGACAUGUUCUUCGAGCACCGCUUCGGAGGAUCCAAGCUCCGCAACCUUCGCCAUGGGCAGAACAUCACGGUCGCGAUCGCCUAUGAUGGAGGGAUGCGUGCUUCAGGCGACGACGGCAUGUGGCGGCAGAGGGAGAUCAUCGCUUCUGGCAGAUGCUUCUUAGCAGUUGUGAGGACUUUCGCAGCCUCAAGGUCAUCAUCGGAGACAGCAGGAGCGACAAGGACAUUGCAUGUCGCUUUUGACCUUACUGUUAACAUCAACACCAUUUGGCUAUCCACCAUAAUUGUCAAAAUGCAGUAUCUGAGGGAUUCAAAGUACGCAAGCUGGUCGAAGGAAGAGCUCAUCGCCGCCAUCACAACUCGCACGCACGAGGACAUCGACCCUAAGCAGAAGAGACGCACUUGCAUUCGACGUCUGAACAAGCUCGAUCGUGAGCCGCCUGGCGUUUUCCGCCUCCUCGAUCUGCCAGCAGAGCUGAGAAUCCACAUCUACGAAGCCAUCUUCGAGGAGAAAGACGACACCGGACGUGGCACGUGUUCUGCUCUCCUGAGAACCAGCAAACCUAUCUACAAAGAAGCAGUCCCAGGUCGCCACGAAGGUAGUCACGUCCACCUCACGAUCCUAGCCUCUCGCGACGGCAACGCCAGAGUCCGCUACGGCGCUGAGAUCAAAUCUCCAGAAACAAACACCAGAUUCCGCACCCGCGCCCCUGUCAAACCCCCUGAAACCGAACUCCCAACCUCCGAAGCCCUCCUCCGCCUCCGCCUCAUCCACAACUUCACCGUCACCAUCGAUUUCAGCGGACGAAUGCGCGCGAAAGAGUUCGUUGCCAACGGGGAAGGUCAGGUGUGUGAGUUUUGGACGGGGAUGAUGAGGACGUGCGAGGAUUUGCGGAGUCUGAAGAUUGUUUGGAGGGAUGAUAGGAAGCGUGGAGGGCCGUAUCGGGAGCAGUUGUUGAGGCUUGUGGAGCCGCUUUGGGAGUUGGGGAGGGAGGUGGGGUUGGUGUGGGAGGGGCUUGGGAGGAGGAUGCUUUGGUUUGUUCCGCGUGGUGUUGAGGGUUGA